CAAAAUUGUAAGUAACAUCAAUCAUCAUGGUAACAUAAUAUUGAAAAUAAAAAUUGAAAGCAAAUGAUUUAAAUAAGUACCUACUUACCUAUAUCAAACAUGAAUCAACUGUAUCAAUCAGUAACAAUUUCAACCUUCUUAUGAACGAGACGCAAUGGCCGUGCCAGCAGUGGGCAUAGACCUCGGCACCACGUACUCCUGCGUAGGGGUAUUUCAGCAUGGCAAGGUUGAGAUUAUUGCCAACGACCAGGGAAAUAGGACCACACCAUCUUAUGUGGCUUUUAACGAAACUGAACGACUCAUCGGCGAUGCUGCUAAGAAUCAGAUUGCAAUGAAUCCAAAAAACACAGUCUUCGAUGCUAAACGUCUAAUCGGCAGAAGAUUUGAUGACCCUAAAGUUCAGCAAGAUCUAAAACACUGGCCGUUCGAAGUUGUAGCUGAAAAUGGAAAACCCAAAAUUGUCGUUGAAUACAAGGGGGAAAAGCGAAGAUUCACUCCUGAAGAAAUAUCAUCGAUGGUUGUAACAAAAAUGAAAGAAACCGCUGAAACAUAUCUUGGUGGAACUGUAAAGGACGCUGUCAUAACAGUACCGGCAUAUUUCAACGAUUCUCAACGACAGGCAACUAAAGAUGCAGGAGUGAUUGCAGCUUUAACUGUUCUGAGAAUCAUCAAUGAGCCAACUGCUGCAGCACUUGCCUAUGGUCUGGAUAAAAAUCUAAAAGGGGAGAAGAAUGUUCUUAUAUUUGACCUAGGCGGUGGAACAUUUGAUGUGUCUAUCCUUCAAAUAUCUGAAGGUUCUCUUUUUGAGGUGAGGUCUACAGCAGGUGAUACACAUCUAGGAGGUGAAGAUUUUGAUUCCCGAAUGGUUGAUCAUUUCUGUCAAGAAUUUGAAAAAAAAUACAAGAAGGAUAUUAAAACUAACCCAAAGGCUUUAAGACGACUACGAACAGCAUGUGAAAGAGCCAAGCGUACACUCUCGUCCAAUACAGAGGCAAGUUUAGAAGUAGAUGCUUUACAUGAAGGUAUAGAUUUCUAUUCAAAAAUAACAAGGGCACGUUUCGAGGAAUUGUGUUCUGAUUUGUUUCGCCAAACACUUGGACCAGUUGAAAGAGCACUUAAAGAUGCCAAUUUGAAUACGAGAGAAAUUCACGAUGUGGUAAUGGUUGGUGGUUCAACGAGGAUCCCAAAGGUUCAAAGACUACUACAGGAGUUCUUCGGCGGCAAAACAUUAAAUCUAUCGAUCAACCCUGAUGAAGCUGUUGCCUAUGGUGCUGCAGUUCAAGCAGCUAUACUUAGCGGUUCCAAAGACACUCGGAUUCAAGAUGUCCUUCUCGUGGACGUAACACCAUUGUCUCUAGGAAUAGAGACUGCGGGAGGAAUUAUGACGCGACUGGUCGAAAGAAACACAAGGAUACCAAUUGCGCAGAGGAAAACAUUCAGCACCUAUGCCGAUAAUCAACCCGCUGUGACAAUACAGGUCUACGAAGGAGAACGAGCUAUGACAAAGGAUAACAAUUUAUUGGGAACCUUCAAUUUAACAGGUAUUCCACCAGCUCCUAGAGGAAUCCCACAAAUCGAAGUAACCUUUGAUAUAGACGCGAAUGGUAUCCUUAGUGUAAGUGCACAUGACACAAGCACUGGUCGCUCAGAGCAGAUUACUAUAUCAAACGAUAAAGGACGCCUUGAUAAGAAGGAAAUAGAGAAGAUGCUCCAAGACGCUGAAAAGUUCAAAGCUGAAGAUGACGCUAUGAGGAAAAGGGUCGAAGUUAGAAAUCAGUUCGAGGCGUAUUUGUAUGGAUGUAAAGUGGCAGUCGAAAAUGCUGGUAGUAGAUUAACGGACAGCGAAAAAAGCGCAGUCCUUGCCGAAUGUGUGAAUCAGCUACAAUGGCUCGAAAAUAAUCCCGAUGCGCCACAAGCUGAACUGGAGAACCAUUUGAAAGCCGCUCAAGCCGUUUGCCAAUCUGCCAUGAUGAAGCUGCAUGGAGCUAUACCAGGCGGUGGACCGAGUUGUGCCAGGUCGAGCUCUGGUGGACCGAGGGUUGAGGAAAUUAAUUGAGUGCGAAUAAAAUGAGAUUAGAUUCGCUAGUACCAAAGAACUAGCGAAUAGCUCUGUAGUCCCACUUUGUCAAAUUUUCACAGAUGAAUUGUGAGCAACGAUAUUAAUUUUAUCAAAACUUAUAUACUUAUGGUAUUUUUGAGCUUGUUAUCAGUUAAAGAAUGAAAUUAAUUUUUUACUAAAAUUAAUCUCGACCAUAAAAAUAAGUCUUGAAGGAAAUCUAAGUAAUAAAUUAUGAUAAUGUAAAUAAUUUCUGAUGUUAUAUUUAAAAUUUAAAAAUAAGG